AUGCGUGGAUCGACUGAAUUUUAUCAUGGUCGAAUUCCGGCCAACCAGCCAUGCGCCAAUUGUCCCCUCUACGCUCCCCCUCCCCCACCUUACUCGUCUAUCGAAUUACGCUCGUGCCUGAGGCGAACCCGUGACAGCCACGAGUAUGCACUUCAUACGUCCCUUCGCGUCGCGCUGGGCCUCGUUGGAGAGAGUCUAGACAGUGAUGAUAUGCAUCCUCGGAAGAAGUACCAGCCAUCGGACAACGAAGGAGCUAAUAAACGCCCUAAGCUUCUCUACUUUGCUCACCAACUCCCCAUUUACCCCCGUCCCCACCUCGGCCACCUCGUGGUCUACUCACACUUGGUGUUGUCAAUCAAGUUUUGA